GCUUAUAAGAGAAACAUUUAACUCUAGCCUGAAAGAAAACCAUCAGCCACCCAAACACUAGCAGAAUGAGCGACAAUACUGUGUUGGCUCCUCCAACUUCAAACCAGGGUCCCACCACCCCACGCAAAGGGCCCCCCAAGUUCAAGCAGAGGCAGACUCGUCAGUUCAAGAGCAAGCCUCCUAAGAAAGGUGUGAAAGGGUUUGGAGAUGACAUUCCAGGCAUGGAGGGACUAGGAACAGAUAUCACUGUGAUCUGUCCUUGGGAGGCAUUCAGCCACUUGGAGUUGCACGAGCUCGCUCAGUUUGGGAUCAUCUGAGCCACUGGAGGUUCUGCCGCUCUCAUUAGCAUCUGCUGUAACUUUGAUCACUUCUGCCCUAUUGAUCUACCAGAAUUUUGACACGCAGGUGUCGGAAGUGGUUUCCCAC